UGGCAACCAAGCACCUUCAUCACCACCGCUGAAUCUUCAGGAAUUGCCCCCCUCACACCAGGAAGCCUACUACCUUUUAUAUUACCAAUUCCAGCCCUUCCAAAACGUGUCUCGACCGGCUUCCGUCACCCUGCGGUGACUUCGGAGCUAACACGACCCCCAAUCGAUACCUAGGUAUGCGGUGACUUGCAACCCCCGCCAAGGAACAUUGGUCCGCUAUGGACGCAUAUCCCGAGGACUAUGUCGUCCACAAUCUCCCUUUUAUUCUCCUUUCGGGUCUCGACGCCGGUUCCGAUGGGGACCAACACUCCGACUAUCCUCUUCUCCACAGGGGAGACCCCACGAUCGAUUCGGACUUCCCACCUUUGACCGGACCGACCGCGGAACAAUUGCGACAGGCCUUUUUGGAGGAGGACGCAUCCCGAGCCCCAUGGGAACGGCGCAAUGAGAAACGGGCGCCGUCGACGGGGGUGGGAUAUAAGAUCAAGAGUGUUGGACGGUCCUACAGACUCCCCCCGCGCAAAGCUGACCCGCCCCCUGCAUCGCCCCCGACGAGCCCCAAUGCUAGCCCCGACAAUGGUGGUGGUCAUGGACCACACUUUGUCCUCCACUCGCCAAUCUCUCCGUUGACUCCCAGCUCCCCGACCUUCCCGGAUGGGCUUCUCACGCCGCUUUGGGUCACGAAACACCAGGGUCUUGUUCCUGCCGUGGUGAUCAAUUUCUUUCCCUUCUGCCAGGAUCCCAAUAUGAACUCGUUGCGAGACAAUCAAUUGAAGAUCGAGAUCAAUGGGUUGAAAAAGCAAUGGUCUUCGUCCGGGUACAAGACGCGGUUUCUUGUCGUCCUCUUGUCGGAAGAAAACAGCGGUGCCGUCGUCGAGGAAGCCGAGGAGCGGAUAGCGAGUAUACGGAGGGCAACAAACUUGGACCAGAAGUCUAUCUUCCUUCUGCCGGCCGAUGCCACCCCGACGGAGCUGAAGGAGUUUGUGACGUCUCUCGAGUCCCUAUUGCAUCCAGUGGUGAUGGACUAUUACCGGGAUCUUUCAAAACACGCUAGACGGAAACGAAACCGAAGCGCCAUCCCACCCCCAACAGCGCCGCCGACAAGCGGAACAUCUCAAACGUUGUCCCUCCAAGGGUGGAAUGUCCGGUACGAAUUCAAGCUAGGAGUAUUUGCCGAGUUUCGCCAGGAGACAGAUGCAGCUCUGAGGAACUAUGAAAGCGCAUACGAGACUCUGUUUGGCCAGGAGGUUUUCGAAAACAUACCAGGGUGGAGCCCGAGAUUCAACGAUGCGCGCCUUCUGGCCGACUCUCUGGCCGUAAGAAUCAUUCGCUGUUUGCUCCGCUGUGGCCAACCCGCGGCAGCUGUACGGUCGUGGAACAACCACCGCAGAUACUCGCAAGGCGUAAUCAAUCGACGAGGAAAAGGGACGAAUAACUAUGGUUGGGAGGCUUGGGAGGCUCGAUGGUCAAUGGUGAUGGCGCAACUCAUCCACCAGGCCGAGAUUUCUUACUUUAGACUUGGUCCAUCCCAGGACCAGUCCAGCGAGCAGUACUCGAUCUACGUACCACGCGAGAAGGCCCAACCCCAGCAUGGCAUAAUAUCGCCCUGGGAGCAUCUACAUCAUGAAGGAUACUGGCUAUGCCGGUCGGCGAAACACACCAUGUACAGACGGGAGCUCGCCGAGAAGAUCCCGGUCGAAGAUCGGAUACCGCCGGGGCAGUCUCCAGCUUCCCAGAUAGCGAGCAAAUCCUACCUCUAUGACACCUACCUGGUUCCAGAGACCCACAUCGAGGCACCACAAGCGGGCGUGACUGGAUUCGAUCACUCGCCGUUGAUAUUGGACGCUUUGAAGGCAGCGUUGGAGGAGUUCUCGAAGCGUGGCCAGGUACGGAAGACGGAAAUGAUCAGCUUGGAGAUUGCGGAAGAAUACAUGCGAGCUGGUUCAUGGGUCGAAGCAUACGAUAUCCUGCGGCCUUUAUGGCCGACCCUAACGUGGCGACGUUCAGGCUGGUGGCAGCUGAUGGAAAAGUUCGGCUGGGCCCUCAGAGAAUGCGCCUUCAGAGUGCAUGAUAGCGGAAUGAUUCUGCAGGUGGAUUGGGAAUUACUCAACCGGGCUUUCCAUGAAAAACCCGAUUGGCAGUAUGAUAUCCACAAGAGCCUUGGGGAUCUUCCACCGGUAAAACCGAAGCCAUCCAUUGUACUAAAUGCAAACGAUGUCAUUCCAAGCGUCACCGCAUCAUUUGUGUUUUCAAAGUCCGAAGGAAAUGUUGGCGAGCCUCUACAGGGCCAGCUCACCAUCACUUCUCAUACCCAAGCGUCUUCCAAGCCCAUUCGCUUCUCCGAGGUUAAAGUUGUCUUUGAAGGGUGCCUUCGCCCUAUCAAACUCCAGUCGGAUCAGAACACAGAAGCCGACACAGCGACUCCUUGCACAAUAUCUUCACCCACAUUGCGGGAUUCUAGCACCACGCAUGACGGGCCUUUACAAUCACCCACUAGUUGGUUAACGCCAUUAGUGGGAAUGGCAGAUCUCAGCAUUGGUCCAUCUCAAACGAAAGUGUUCGACCUUCGGUGCAUCCCCCGAGAAGCUGGAGAGUGCAGUGUUGCAUCCGUCACUUUGUCCAUUGAGGAAGAUAAAUUUGAUCUUGCGUGUGCGAUCACUGAUCUCGCCCUUAGUGAGUCCUACUGGUGGCAGCAGACCUCCAAAGGUCCAAGUCGACGAAGGGUGGGCCAAGAUCGUGAGAUCAAUCGGUGCAAAGUCAAUCCUAAACCACCUAAAAUCCGAAUCACGACGCCGAAUCUGAAGACUACGUACUACACCAACGAACGGGUGGUGCUGAAAAUUGGCAUUCACAACGAAGAGGACGAGGCUGCCAACGUUCAAGCGGAGGCUAGGUUGUUCGGUCCCCCUGAGUCUGCGGCGAAAAUCACCUGGCUUGAUGAGGAGCCGUCCUCGGAGAGCGAGGAUUCGGAGAAGAGAACCCUUUCCGAUAGCCUUUCGCACCUUGUUCAGCGGUCCAUUGGCGUCAUGGAACGCUCCACACAACGGGAAUUGGCGGUUGUUCUUGGCGACACUGACGACGCAUCGGACCAUGAGCUUGAGAUAUCGGCGGUGUACAACCUUGUGUCCGAUGUACAGACACCUGUCAUUGCGACCACACGCGUCAAGUUGAGCAUCAUCCGGCCAUUUGAGGCCAAUUAUGACUUCCUCCCCCGCAUCCACCCGCAGCCGUGGCCGGACUUUUUCACUGCCAGUGAGGAUCCAAAGUCGGGAUCGGAUCCCGCUGGUCUACAGCAACGGUGGUGUCUCAAUUCGAAAGUGGUCUCUUUCGCCUUAGAGCCCCUGGUCAUCGAGAAGAUGACGUUGGUGUUACUCGGUGUGGGUGGCGGUGCCGUCUGUGAUGUUGGGCCUGAGGCACUUGUCAGCCCGGAGGCAUCGGAGAUCCAACCGGAGGAGCUUCGGGAGUCGAACUUCCAGAUGGACCUUCACAAGACAAUCCUAGGCGACCGCCGAGCGACCGCCGUGAGUCUACAAUUGGAAAUCCAGUGGCGCCGUAGUGAAACCAGCGGCACUGGUGAUGCCGCGGACUCGUCGGACGACCAGGUUACGGCGACCUCUACUCUGGCAGUCCCUCGGUUUGUCGUUCCAGUGGGCGAGCCUCGCGUGCUCGCUUCGUCGAUCGCCUCCAAGAACCUUCCUGGGCUGAUCCACCUGGACUACACCCUCGAAAACCCAUCCAUGCAUUUCCUCACCUUCAACCUUGCCAUGGAGGCCAACGAGAACUUUGCCUUCAGUGGACCGAAGACCGUGGUCGUGCAGCUGGUCCCACUCAGCAGACACACCGUUCGAUACAAUCUUCUGGCGUCCAAGAGAGGGUUGUGGAUCCAACCGCAGCUCCUCGUCAUGGAUACCUACUUCAACAAAACGCUGAGGGUCCUCCCUACGGAAGAUAUGCAGUCCGACAAGAAGGGACCCAUGGUGUGGGUUGACGCUGAUGACUAGAUAGAAGAUCUAUGCACCUAAUUAAUUGCAAGAA